GUCGCUAUGGUAACUAGUCUCCGCUUGGAUGGCGUUUACUAGCAGUAAAUGAAUGAAUAGAAGCAAAAUAGAAGCAGAACAUCACAGGGAAGCAUUAUCUCAUUCUUCUAUCCCCCUUGACAAAGUGAUGGAGGCAUUACAGCAAAGCAACCCUGAAAGUACCUUGGAUGCAAAUAUUGUGGAUCCAAUUCACAAAUAUGUUUUGAAUGAUUUACCAAGGGAGUUUAUGUCAGCCCAGGCAAAAGCAGUUAUUAAAACUACUGAUGAUUAUUUGCAGCCUCAGUUUGGCCCCAACAGCCGUUUGCAUUCAGUAGUAGUAUCAGAAAGGUCAGGACUUCAGGAUUGCUCCACACAUCAAACAGCAUCAGAUCACAGCCAUGAUAAAAUACCAAACCUAGAAAGCUACAAAUCAAACAGUAAAGACAAUUCUUGGUUUAUAUCAGCAUCCAAGAGAUACAGACCUGUCAGUGCUCCUGCAGGUCAACUGAGGCAUACAGAGUUCUCUUCUUUAAAAUUUCAGUUGUCCCAGAACUGGCAUAGAUUGUCUCAAAGACAAAAACUUCAACCAAAAGUGAUUAAAGUAACAGCUUACAAAAAUGGAUCUAGAACAGUCUUUGCCAAAGUUACUGUACCAACCAUCACCUUGUUGCUGGAGGAGUGCACAGAAAAGCUGAAUCUGAACAUGGCCGCAAGACGAGUGUUCUUGGCAGACGGCAAAGAAGCCUUCAAACCUAAAGAUAUACCCUAUGAAGCCGACGUUUAUGUUUCAACAGGAGAGCCUUUUUUAGAUCCAUUCAAAAAAAUUAAAGACCAUCUGUUGUUAAUGAAGAAAGUAACUUGGACAAUGAAUGGGUUGAUGCUUCCUACUGAUGUCAAAAGACGGAAAACCAAGCCUGUUCUUUCCAUUAGAAUGAAGAAACUUACUGAGAAGACCUCAGUCCGAAUUCUGUUCUUUAAAAAUGGCAUGGGGCAGGAUGGGCAUGAGAUUACAGUAGGAAAGGAAACAAUGGAAAAGGUUUUAGAUAUUUGUACAAUGAGAAUGAAUCUAAAUUCGCCAGCCCGAUACCUUUAUGAUUUGUAUGGAGGAAAAAUUGAAGAUAUUUCAAAAGUUCCUCUGCUUGAAAAAUGCCUGCAAAAUUCCAUCACACCUUUGCGGGGACCACUUUGGGUCUCUAAGGGAGAAGGUUUCAGCCCCUCAGGAGCUAAGAUGUACAUCCAAGGAGUUCUUUUGGCCUUGUACCAACGAUUAAAAUCUGCAAAAAAAUAUUAUAAACAGUUGAACCUGGCUGUGAAUGAACAGAAGGGGAAAAUUACAGAAAAAGAUAUUCUUUCAAUGACAGCAAAGGAAAACCAUAAGGCCCAAGAAGAAGUGAGCAGGCUGAUUGAUGAAUUGCAGACAGCUAUCAAAACCAACAGAGGUCAUCUCUCUAAACUUGGCCCCCAAUUACGGGCUGAGCAGGAGCAAUUCUCCUCUUAUGUCUACCAACACAUUAAAAGGCUUCCAGCAAACACUCUGAUCCCAGGAGACCUACAGCUCAAGGUAUUUGAAAACGGUAAAAACACUGGAGAGAUCACUGUUUGUAUCAGUAAAAAGGAUUUGAAGUCUAAUAGCCCACCUCAAACUGGCAAUAUGAUGGAAAGAUUACUUCUCCAGAUUCAUCAAAGACUUCAAGGUUCUUCCAUCAAUCCUCCAGGCCUCAGUAUUUCUUCAAUUCAGCUUUUUGAUGAGCAUGGUCAAGAAAUUAAGAAUCCACUUUUGCUGAAGAGUGAGCAAAAAAUUUGGGUCUCGUAUGGUAAAGCAUACAGAUCUCCACUAAAUCGUGUUUUGUGUUUGACUUUUGACCGAGUGACUGCAUUUGCCAGAGGUGGCAUCAUAGUUGCAUAUAAGACCUUUUUGGAUGCUAAUACUGUUCUGCUACCUGGAUGUGACAAUUGGGAAGUUUGUGAGGGAUUUCCAACUAAUUUUAACUGCACCAAUGAGCAGACACCUGAGCAGUUUGAAAAGGUGAACUUGGAGAAUCAUUUCCUACGAAACAAGGUGGAUCCCAAUAUUGUCCUUCAUGCCUCUGUUUCCAUUGGAAAGCGGAAUUUCUCAAACAGUGGAACAAGCAGUGGGAGUCAGAUAGCACUUUUGACCCCAUGGCCUGCAACCGGCGUGUGGCUGAUCACGAAGACUGGAGUGAUCCUGAGCAGAGCGAUAACUCAGGGCUGCCUAGCUAUUGGUCAUCCAAUCAGAGUCAAGUCUGCUGAGGGACCAUCACUAGAAGGAUAUAAAUUAAUCCUACAGAAAAGACAUAAAGGAGAUGAAUCCCAGAAGUGGGUGUUUGGAACUGAUGGCUGCAUUUAUUCUAAGGCUUAUCCUCAGUUUGUUCUGACUUACCUAGAGGAGCUAAAUGCACAAGUGGAUGUGACCCAGAUAGAGUAUCACAUUCACCAUGGCGCCUGGACCACUGAUCAUCAGGAACGUGGCAGAAACUUAGCGGAAGAGGUUCUGCAAAAGAGUGCCAGCAAUUCUGUUGUGACGCAACUGCCAGAAACCCCAGACACCCAUUUAAUGCCAGAAGGUUCUCUUGAGGAGGCAGGACAGCUGACAGUGGCACUAGUGAGGAAACUGGAAGAGAAACAUCCUAAGGCUUCUUCUCAGAGGUGGGCCAUAAAACAUGAAGGGACCAGUAAGCCAGACCAGUGGAAACAUUCCAGAGUUGAAAAUCCUCUAUGGAACAAGCUUACCUACAUGUGGCCAGUCCUUCCCAGUGGCCAACUAAAUAAGGCGUUUGAUUGGCCAAUAGAAGGACUGCUUGUUCCAAACAGUCCUCCCAUGAAAAAACCCAUCUGUAAGACACCACAGCAAUAUGUCCCUGUGAGACUCAGAGUUCUGCGGAAUGGAGACAAGAAUAAAAACAGAUCCCUUACUGUACUCAGUCCAGACAUUUCACCAGGAUGGAAGUCACAAUGCACUGAAAUUUUAAAUUUACCUUCUGCAGCUCGGAGAUUGUUCAAUGAAAAGGGGAAGGAAAUAUUUACCCUCAAACACCUGCAAAGAGAUGAACUGGUGUAUGUUUCGUGUGGAGAACAUUGGAUCAACCCUGACCUGUCCACUGCCCAGCAAAAGAAACACGUCUUCCUGAGGAACCUGGCAUCAGACAUUUCCAAAAUUCGAACCUUCUGCAGCACACAUAAGAUAGAAGCUCUUGUUUUAGAAGUCAAGAGUGACAUUGUAUCUGGAGGCAAGCUCACUGUGCAUAAACCUAUGGCAAUUUUUGGAGAAGAGAAGCAAGUUAUAGAAGAAGAAGAAAAGCAAAUGCAAAAAGAUGCUUUAAUAACAGAAAAUGCUUCCAGUGAAAUUCUAGAUUCACAUGCAAGAGCCCAUCUCCGAAUGAAGGCUUGUCACACACAUCUCAGGUAUGCGUGGCAGGAACCUUUGCAUGACUUUGAUGAGGAUGACAGUCUUCCAAAUAAAGUGAAAAAAGAGCUCUUUGAAAAUGUGCAACCACAGAAGAAACGCAGCCAUUCGCCAAUGCAUAGUAAAUUGCAGAAGCUUUGCCGUCAGCAGUUUGAAUUCAAAGAUGGACAAAUUACAAGCUGUGCUUUUCCUCAGCUAGUCUUAGGGAUGCAAGGUCCCAGCCCCCGGGCAGGCAUGGAAGUGGUUUUAGUAGAGAAGAAAUCUGAUGGUAGUCAUCAACUCUGGAUACACAAGAAAGACAGCAGGACCUUUCACCUGGUGAGUAACCCAGAUCUUGUGCUGGCAGUGUCUAUGACCAAGGCUAGAAAUGAAGACUGUGGAUAUCCAGUUAUUAUUCAAAAAUAUAACCCAUGUCACAAUGGGACUGCCAACCAAAAAUGGCAUUACAUGGAAAACAUAAAGGCAUUUAUGGCCUUUCAUAGCACUGCCCUGAAUAGGGAAGUUACCUCAGCAAAUUACGCAGGUGUUUGUACAUCAUCUGUGAUUAAAGAAGAGAACAUUGACCAACCAGGAUACUAUUAUCUCUCACCUGGUGGGAAGAGAAAAAUGAUGCUCUGCUUGGCUUGCGGACGAUCCAGAAGAACAGAGAAGGGACUGAAACAGUUGCCUCCGGGGGUCCCAUUCUUUUGUGCUUCCGGCUCCAAGACUCAGAAGCCUUUCUCACGAGGGCCGUUCAAGGUCAUCAGUGUGGCCGAGGCUGACUUAUCAUCUGACAAGGCUGAGAAAACUCUAAGUUAUUAUGAAGAACGUCUAUUAUCUUUACGGAUGGAGACCUGCGUGCAAGCUGCGUCUCACAGUGGUAUGGCAGCUACACACCAGAAGGCAGUGAAAAUAAUUGCAUACAAAAAUGGGGAUGGAUAUCAUAAUGGGAAGUUAAUUGUGGCUGGAACAUUCCCCUUGCUUCUUACAGAAUGCACAGAAAAACUUGAGCUUGCCCGAGCAGCCUCUAAAGUAUAUACCAAAGAUGGAACUGCAAUUUUUACCUUGCGUGAUUUGGUUUUAUGGGCUCUAGAUGAAUUCUUUAUCCAGAGAGACUCUGAGGAACGAAAAAAAGACAUGGCUCCGGUUGCAACGGAAGAGUUAACUACUCAAAAAAACCUGAAAAUGGAAGUGAAAAACAAAUUAUUUCCAAAGCCUGCAACAUCCGAUAGUUUGGAUGGUAUUGAUACGUCUGUGCUGGCCCUCAUCCUCAGAAAUCCUAUUGCCAUCUGGGUAUCUUGUGGUGAACCAUUUCUAUCUCCAAAUGCUUUGCAGGAAGCAGAAAAAUUAGAGAAACAAAACUGGCUGAAAAAGGACAAAAUUUUGGCUGAUCUGGAUACCAUGAAACACAAAAUGAGACAAUUAAAAGGGCGGCGAAUAGCAGCACGUCAGCCGGCCACCAUGUUCCCCACCAAGAGCCCUGGACAGCCGGUGGUGGUUGAAGGAGGCUGGACCAAGCAGACUCAAGAGGAAAUUAAACUCAUGGAACUUAUAUGUCAUACAGAGGCAUACCUUUCUGAAGUUCAAGAAUGGCAAUCCAAAAAGAAUUCUCCAGUGGCGUCUGCAGUCAAACAGAGUAGACUGUAUCAGCAACCCGACACAAAACGAGUAUGGAUUUACCUAAAUGGUGGCCGACCUGAAGACGGCACUUAUGCCUGGGGCAGAAGUAUUGCAGAGCUGUUGGAUAACUGCUCCUCUCGUCUCAAAAUGGCCCACCCAGCCAGAGCACUGUACACCCCAGAUGGAGAGCCCAUUCAGUCCUGGGAUGACAUAGAGCAAGGCACGGUCGUCUGUGCGUCCAUGGGGCAUGGCUUUAUAGCCCAAAAAGACUUAAAGUACCUGUUGCAGGUCAGAGCAAAUUAUGCCAGAGUCCGAAGGCAGCAGGGCCCUGAAGCCACAGACAUUGUGGUGACGCCAUCCACAAAACUGCGAUCUCUGGUACAUCUCCACAAUUAA